UUCAGUCAGUCAAUCAGAGGAAUGGACGUGCCAAAUGGGGUUGCGUAAUUGACUUAAACAGGAAGUCAUUUACAUACGCGGCGCGAGAUUCAAGCGUGGCGGUGCACGCGUCUGUUUGUCCUCAGGCCCCGGGCAUGGCGGUGCUGUUUGAUGGGAUCAGCCAGCAGCUGGACUUCUCUAGCUGUGACGAGGGUGGCAGCAGUGACAACAGCUGGGAUGACUGCGCCUCGGACCUCUCCAGGAUUCGAAGUCCCAGUUCAGUGUGCGGCACACCCAGGGUGCAGCGCCACCGCAGCAGGAGCAUCACCUUAUCGUCCCCCUCCUUCCAGCCCGCCAACCCCAUACCUUAUGCUGCCUGGAGGAAACUGCGGCUCUGUGAAUCUCCCAGCACACCCAAGAGUUUGCUGUCUAAGUCAUCCCAGCCUUGCUCCAGCACCAAGAGAAGUCGCAGCCAAAGGACCCUGCGAUUCUCCUCGGCUGCUGGAAACGUCACCCAGAGCUGCCUGGCGCCCUCGGUCAACGUGAACCCCUUCACCCGGGAAACUGUAUGCAGGAGCAGUGAGCUCCACGAGAGGAAUAGGUGCAGGAGCGAUUAUGACGAUGAUUAUGGGCACAGAUUGAAGAACAACCUAACGUCAUCUGAGGAGGAUGAUGAAGCAUUUCUCCCACCAAAGAAGCAGGCUGUCCAGGCCUUCAUGCUGUCACGGUAUGAGAGUGAGUUCCUUGAGCUGGAGCGCAUCGGCACGGGGGAGUUUGGAGCGGUCUUCAAGUGUGUGAAGAGGCUGGAUGGCUGCUUGUAUGCCAUUAAACGCUCUCGUCGACCCCUGGCAGGCUCUGCCAACGAGCAGCUGGCCUUAAAAGAAGUGUACGCUCAUGCUGUUCUUGGACAUCAUCCACACGUUGUUCGCUAUUAUUCAGCCUGGGCAGAGGAUGACCACAUGAUUAUUCAGAAUGAGUACUGUGAUGGUGGUAGUCUCUAUGAUGCCAUUAUGAAGAGGGAGGUGCAGGGUGAGCUGUUUUCACAGGCGGAGCUGAAAGAUCUGCUGCUGCAAGUCUCUCUGGGUCUAAAAUACAUCCACAGCUCAGGCCUCGUGCACCUGGACAUCAAACCCAGUAAUAUAUUCAUCUGCCAGCGCCCCAGUGCAAGUGCAGCGGGUGAGGGUGAGAGCGAGGAGGAAGAAGAUGGAGGCUCUUCAGCAGGAGUCAUUUACAAAAUAGGCGAUCUAGGUCAUGUGACAUCUAUCAACAGCCCACAAGUGGAGGAAGGAGACAGCCGCUUCCUGGCCACUGAGGUCCUGCACGAGGAUUACAGCCAUCUCCCCAAAGCCGACAUCUUCGCUCUGGGCCUCACAGUGCUGCAGGCGGCCGGCGCUCCUCCUCUUCCUCAGAAUGGAGACGAGUGGCACAGCUUGAGAACGGGCCAGCUACCCAGCAUGCCACAGGAGCUCUCACCUCCCUUCAGAAGCCUCCUUCAGUUGUUGCUGGAUCCAGACCCGACCAAACGGCUUUCUGCCAAGGAGCUGUGUAAACACACAGUCCUCAGGGAGGAGAGGACUGGGAGACUAGCUGCUCAGCUGCGCAGAGAGCUCAACGUGGAGAAGUUCAGGACAGCCAUGCUUGAGAAGGAGCUUGAGGAGGCUCGCUCGGCAGCUCUGUCACCCCAACAGAGCCUUUCUGUUGGGUUGCAGCCCAUUACUAAUGGAGAAAACACAGGCUCUCUACCCAAAAAGGGAAGGAGACUUGUUGGUAGGAAUACAGCCCGAUCCGUGAGCUUCGGCUGCCCGGGGUACAGAGUCUAAUGUGACAUUGUUCGGCCUCUCUGCCUGUCCUUAAUGUGGCCAUGCCCACAUGCACAUUUGCUAUCCACAUUCCCCAUAAACGUUUUGUUAGGCUUUGUUGACUGAGAUAACUGGAUGAUUAUGCCUUAUGGGCUUUUUCAGUGGGCUGAGUGUACAUAAGCCUUGGUGAUUUUUAACAUUUUUUAAGGACUGGUCUGAUUCAAAUGCUUUUGUCAGGUGAGAAAAUGGUACCUGCUGCAAGACAACCAUACAUAUGCAUCAUAGAAACAUUCAGAGACUUGUUUGCUUUUCUUUUCUUUUCUUUUUUUUUUAAUUGUAAAUAAACAUUGUAAGCAUUUUAUUUGA